AUGUCAAUCAUAAAUGAUGAAUCCUUAGUCUAUCUUUUGGGUCUAGGAUUUCAUAUUGAUUUAUGUAAACAAGCUUUAAAAGUCAAUAGUACGCUUGAGGACGCUAUUGAGUGGUUAUUAGAUCCAAGUCGACCUCCUACAACAAAAAUUGAAUUUACAAAGCCUAUAGCUUCUUCUUCUUCUUCUUCUUCGUCUAUGCUUAGCAUACCCAUAUUAUCAGAAAAAGAAAAAGAGAAUGAAAAUAGCAAAUUACUUCAGCAAAAGGAAUUCAAACGUCUUACUGAUGAGUUAAAUCAAGAAAAAAGAAGAGAGAAGGAAGCGAAAAAAAAGAUAUUAAUAGAUAUUGAACAAGACAAAGAAAGAAGACGUAGAAUAAAGCAACGCACUUGGAAUGAACGACAACAACAGCAAAAACAAAACAUUGACAAGAGUGCUUUAUCUUUAUCAGAAACACAAAAUUUUGCAUAUAUUCAAUUCAAACUUACAGAUUUUUCAAUUGUUCGCGAAUAUUUUCCUGUAGAAGCAACAGUAAAAGAUGUACUAUUUUUUGUUCUAGACAAGGAAAUGAAGUUAUCUUUGCAACAGGACUUGUCUAUAGAGAAUAUAUCGUUAGAUAGAACUUUCCCGAGAAAGAGUUUUACUAUUCAGGAUGGUUUAUUGAACAUGCAUGAAGCAGAAUUUUUACCAAAUGUUGCUUUAAAUGUUAAACUAAUUCAAUUCAAUGCAACAAGUACUGAUGAAACAAUACAUCAAGAAGAUACUAAUGGAUCUAUGAAUGAUACGUCAGAAAGUUUAAAUGAUGUUAUCCAUAAUGAAAUGGAUACAGACGAUAAUGAAGACAUAUUUGAUUUGAACCAUUUAAAUGCCAUACUUCAUCCUCAUCAAACUUUUCUUUGGAAUGAAACAGUAGAAACAGGGCAUCGUUUAACUGAUCCUUCACCAUCUUCUCAUCUUAAUGAUGAAAAUAACUCUACUGCAAAUAGUUCAAUAGAAGAAGAAGAAGAAGAAAUGGCUGUUAUCAAUAGACGAUCUAAUUUUUUGAAUGCUUUUGAAAAUCGUCGUUUAUCUUUGGUUCAUGAAGAUAAUAGUAACCCACAACAUAAGAUAGCAGAAUCUUUAUUAGAUUAUUUAGUAAAAAAUGGAAAAUUAAAUGUGUCAACUCUGAGUAGACUAGCAAAAAAAUGUUAUUUGCAAAAUGUAGUAUUAGAUUCAUAUCAAUAUUGCACUAAUUCAUUAGUGGAUGAAUUAGCAAAAUCAAAUUCAUCUCUAUCUGUUACUAGACUAAGUCUCCGUGGAUGUGAUAUUGUUACAGAUCAUGGUAUUCACUCUUUAACAGGACUAAAACACUUGAAUUAUUUGGAUCUAAGUAACUGUAAAGUGACAGACAAAGGCUUAAAAUCACUUGAAAACUUGUAUAAUCUUAGUUAUCUUAAUUUAUCAAAAACUAAGAUUACAGAUCAUGGACUUUUAUCCAUGACAGUCAAUGCAAAAUUUAAAGAUCGACUCGAAAUAUUAAUUCUUGAUGGCUGUUUACACUUGAAUAAACAUAUGAAAGAAAAUAAUAUUCUAGUCUCUAUUAUAAAUGGAUUUACACAUCUUUUACAACUAUCUUUAGCGUAUACUUAUAUUCAACACCAACAACAAGAGUUACGUUUAAGAAAGGAUCCCGAAAUUAAGUUAAAGCAUUUAGAUCUUAGUCAUACCUGCUUACUUGAUAGAGAUAUAAUACAUAUAGUUUGCCAACUUCAUAUGCUUAUUGAACUCAAAUUAGGUGGUUGUGAAUUUUUGACUACAAGAAAGUUAACUCAACUAAGAUAUAUUCAAUUUCCAAACCGUGAACAUAAGCUUGAUAAUGUUUUAUCAAAAUUCAAAGAUUUACCCUUAGACUACCUUGAUUUAACAGGGUUUUUCAACGUGACUGAUGAAGGUCUUCAAUCUAUUGCAUGUAUGAAAAAGUUACGUUAUUUGAGUUUAGAUGGAACUAAAGUAUCAGAUGAAGGAAUUGUACUAUUAAAAGGUAUUUAA